UUGACGUCAGGCGCGAGACCAGCAGCCUCAACUGAUAUAGCGCUGCGCAUAGAGCCAAACAGCCCAUUAAGAGGGAGAAGGGAUUCUUGAGRUUUGCGCAUUCAGUUCUCCCUUGGCCGAUCGGAUUGACAGUUUAGGAUAGGAUGCCCCUUGGAGAUCUAGAGGACGGGAAUGGAUGGAAAAAGAAGACGUCAGACAUCAAAGAAAACUACGACUUCAAAGAAAUUCUGGGAACGGGGGCGUUCUCGGAGGUGGUGCUAGCAGAGGAGAAGGGGACCCAGAGGCUGGUGGCCAUCAAGUGUAUCCCCAAGAAGGCUCUGCAGGGAAAGGAGAACAACAUCGAGAAUGAGAUCGCUGUGCUGCACAGAAUCAAGCACACCAACAUUGUUUCACUGGAGGAUAUAUUUGAGAGCACAUCCCACUUGUACCUGGUCAUGCAGCUGGUGUCUGGAGGGGAGCUGUUUGACCGCAUCGUAGAGAAGGGUUUCUACACGGAGAGAGACGCCAGCCAACUCAUCCACCAGAUCCUGGACGCUGUCAAAUACCUCCAUGACAUGGGCAUCGUACACAGGGACCUGAAGCCAGAGAAUCUGUUGUAUUACAGUAUGGACGAGGACUCUAAGAUCAUGAUCAGUGACUUCGGCCUGUCUAAGAUCGAGGAUACAGGCAGUGUCAUGUCUACAGCCUGUGGGACCCCAGGAUACGUGGCUCCUGAGGUGUUGGCUCAGAAACCGUACAGCAAAGCAGUAGACUGCUGGUCCAUCGGAGUCAUCUCUUAUAUUCUGUUGUGUGGCUACCCUCCGUUUUACGACGAGAACGAUGCUAAGCUGUUUGAGCAGAUACUGAAGGCAGAGUAUGAGUUUGACUCUCCUUACUGGGAUGACAUCUCCGAUUCAGCUAAAGACUUUAUCUGUCACCUGAUGGAGAAAGACUUCAUGAAGAGAUAUACCACUGAUCAAGCACUUCAACACCCCUGGAUCUGUGGAGACACAGCUCUUGAUAAAAACAUCCAUGAGUCUGUCAGUGCUCAGAUCAAGAAGAACUUUGCUAAAAGUAAUGGAACAAGCGUUCAACGCCACAGCGGUGGUGAGACCAUGCGGAGACUGCAGCUGGGUACCAGCCUAGAGGGCCCCGCCAGAUCACCCCCACCAGCCCCUGUCACGCCGAAGCUGUAG